AUGAGAAGUCUCCGCUGGCGUUACACUCGGCUGCCCAGCCAGGUGGAAGAUGCUCUGUCUGGGGAGGAGGACAAGGAAGAGGAAGAGGAAAAGGAGGAGGAGACAACCCCAGCCCCAACUCCGGUUCCCGAACGACCCAUGGUGUCCCAGCUGGCAGGAGCCAGCCAGGUUCUGGGAGCCUCGGAAAUGAGUCAGCUCAGUCUCCACCUGCCCCCAAGAGUCACUGGAUACUCCUGGAGCCUGGCCUUCUGCACAUCAAGGGACGGCUUCAGUCUGCAGAGCCUGUACAGGCAGAUGGAGGGCCACAGUGGGCCGGUGCUGCUGGUGCUGAGAGACCAGGACGGGCAGAUGUUUGGGGCCUUCUCCUCCUCGGCCCUUCGACUCAGCAAAGGCUUCUAUGGUACUGGCGAGACCUUCCUCUUCUCCUUCUCUCCACAGCUGAAGGUCUUCAAGUGGACAGGAAGCAACUCUUUCUUUGUGAAAGGCGACUUGGAUUCUCUGAUGAUGGGCUGUGGCAGUGGCCACUUUGGGCUGUGGUUGGAUGGAGACUUGUACCGUGGGGGGAGCCACCCCUGUGCGACCUUCAACAAUGAGGUGCUGGCCCGGCAGGAGCAGUUCUGCAUCAACGAGCUGGAGGCCUGGGUCCUGAGCUGA